AUGAAGAGCAGCUACAAGGAGCAGUGGCUACAGGCAAUGAAGAGCGAGAUGAAGUCGCUUGAAGAACACAGCACAUGGAAGCUAGUGGACAUGCCACCGGGCAAGAAGGCCGUAGGCUGCAAGUGGGUCUUCAAGAUUAAACGCGAUCCAAGUGGCGAGAUCAUCAAGUUCAAGGCACGCUUGGUUGCGAAAGGGUUCACGCAGCGUCCUGGCAUCGACUGCAACGAGACCUUUGCACCAGUGGCGCGCAAGGAAUCUAUCAACACAGUGUUGGCGAUCGCUGCAGCUGAAGACCUGGAAGCAGAAAACGUUGAUGUCGACACAGCGUUUCUCGACGGCGAAGUGGAAGAGGAGAUCUACAUGGACCAACCUGACGGUUUUGAAGAUGAAGGAAGCCCGAAAAAGAAGUGUUUGCUGCAGAAGGUGCUAUACGGGAAGAAGCAAGCGGCGCGGCAGUGGAACAACAAGUUGAGUCAGCACUUGGAUGAUCAAGGGUUCAAGAGCAGUGCAGCGGACCCGUACUUCAGCAUUAAAGAUCUUGGAGAUCUCAAGUACUGCCUCGGGAUCGAGAUUCAUCGCAAGCGCGAAGAUGGAACGAUCAAGAUGAACCAGAAGGCGUACAUCAAGCGAUUUUCGGAGAAGUUUGGCGUUGAAAACUGCAAGGACGUGCAUACGCCGGCGGACAGAAACUCGAAGCUGAUCAAGAUGGGUCAAGAGGAAGCGUUUGUACCAAAGUACCCAUACCGUGAGCUGGGCUACGACAAGUCGCAUUGGACAGCAGCAAAGUGGAUUCUCAAGUAUCUCAAGACGACGCAAGACUUAAGCAUCGUGUUAAGCGGCAUCAACAAGGGAGAGCUGAUUGGACUCGCGGAUGCCAACUGGGCUGGCGACCUCGACACGCGGCGUUCGACAACAGGAUACGAUUUCUUCCUGAACGGAAGCGUGAUAUCGUGGAAUUCGAAGCGUCAACCAACGGUCGCGACCUCACGUACUGAAGCAGAGUACAUGAGUCUGUACAGCGCGACACAGGAAGCAGUUUGGCUUCGAGGUCUGCUCAAGGACCUGAACUACUGUGCCAAGAACACGACGACGAUUUUUCAAGACAAUCAAGGUUGCAUCGCGUUGACCAAGAAUCCUGUGUACCACUCGCGCACGAAGCACAUCGACAUCAAAUUUCACUUUUUGCGUGAAAAGGUUGCAAGUGCAGUGAUCGCGCUAGAGUUCAAGCCAACAGAAGAAAUGGUCGCGGAUAGAUUCACCAAGGCACUUCCAAGAGACAAGCACAGCAAGUUCAUCACGGGUCUGUGUAUGGCGGUGUAG